AUAUCCAGAUCAGUUUCAGGUCUCGGCGGACUUCAGCGGUGGCAGUCAUGAAGGCCCCUGCCUCCUCGGAGCCUGAAACGGCCGAGGUGCUGCCCCAGCACAAGUUGGACCUCAGGACCCUGGAGAACUACUUAAGCCAACACUUGCCGGGCUUUGCAGCCGAGCCUGAGACCACGCUGUCAGUUGCUCAAUACAGAUUAGGACAGUCCAAUCCAACCUUCUAUCUCCAGAAGGGCAUUCAAGCAUACGUACUCAGGAAAAAACCACCCGGUUCACUUCUUCCUAAAGCACACCAGAUUGAUAGAGAAUUUAAGGUCCAGAAAGCCUUGUAUGCAAUUGGAUUCCCUGUUCCCAAGCCUUUGCUGUACUGCGCUGAGGCUUCUAUUAUUGGAACAGAAUUUUACGUGAUGGAACAUGUACAGGGGAGGAUCUUCCGUGACUUCACCAUUCCUGGAGUUAGCCCAGCAGAGCGCACAGCCCUAUAUGUGGCCACGAUCGAAACCUUGGCGCGACUGCACUCCCUGCAGGUACGGUCAUUGCCACUGGAGGGCUAUGGCCGUGGAGCUGACUACUGCAAAAGACAGGUGUCAACUUGGACAAAACAGUAUCAAGCUGCAUCCCAUCAAGACAUCCCUGCCAUGAACCAGCUAUCUGACUGGCUAAUGAAAAACUUGCCAGAGAAUGACAAUGAAGAGAGUUUGAUUCAUGGAGAUUUUAAACUAGAUAACAUAGUUUUCCACCCUAAAGAGUCGCGAGUUAUUGCAGUACUGGACUGGGAACUUUCAACCAUUGGUCAUCCUUUGGCUGACUUAGCCCACCUUUCUCUGUUUUACCUUUGGCCGAAGACAGUUCCAAUGAUAAACCAUGGAUCUUAUUUUCAAGAAAACAUAGGGAUACCAUCAAUGGAAGAACUGAUCUCAAUAUAUUGCCACCACAGGGGAAUUAAUUCUACUCUUCCUAACUGGAACUUCUUUUUGGCCCUCUCAUAUUUUAAAAUGGCUGGAAUAGCACAGGGUGUCUAUAGUAGAUAUCUUCUGGGAAAUAAUUCAUCUGAGAAUAGCUGUUUGUUUGCCAAUAUUGUGAAACCUCUGGCAGAAACUGGAUUACAACUCUCAAAAAGAACUUUUAGUACUACACUACCACAGAUUGGUACUACUGGACAAUUAUUUGUACAGACUCGGACAGGCCAGGAAGUUCUUACUAGGGUGAAGCAUUUCAUGAAACAAUACAUCCUUCCAGCUGAAAAAGAGGUUCUUGAGUUCUAUGCUCACAAUGGAGAUUCUGUGGAUAAGUGGAAGAAACCUUUAGUGAUUGAGAAACUCAAGGAGAUGGCCAAAGCAGAGGGCCUCUGGAACCUGUUUUUGCCAGCUGUGAGCGGUCUCAGCCAGGUGGACUAUGCCUUGAUUGCUGAAGAAACAGGAAAAUGCUUUUUUGCUCCAGAUGUCUUUAAUUGCCAAGCACCAGACACAGGAAACAUGGAAGUACUGCACCUGUAUGGAAGUAAGGAGCAGAAGCAGCAGUGGCUUGAGCCUCUUCUUCAAGGAAGCAUGGCCUCCUGCUUCUGUAUGACAGAGCCUGAUGUUGCUUCAAGCGACGCCACCAAUAUUGAAUGUAGCAUCCAGCGAGAUGGUGACAGCUAUGUCAUUAAUGGCAAGAAAUGGUGGAGCAGUGGAGCUGGGAACCCAAAAUGCAAAAUUGCAAUUGUCAUGGGAAAAACCAAAAAUUCUUCAGAAUCCAGACACAAGCAACACAGCAUGAUUCUUGUCCCAAUCAGUACACCUGGAGUAGACAUUAUAAGGCCUUUGUCGGUUUUUGGCUAUAUGGAUAAUUUGCAUGGAGGACAUUUUGAAAUCCAUUUUAAUCAAGUACGAGUUCCUGCCACCAAUAUAAUCCUGGGUGAAGGAAGGGGGUUUGAAAUCGCCCAAGGCCGCCUUGGACCUGGCAGAAUCCACCACUGCAUGAGAACGGUUGGUUUGGCCGAACGUGCUUUACAGAUCAUGUGUGAACGUGCAGCACAGAGGGUGGCCUUUAAGAAGAAACUGUAUGCACACGAGGUCGUAGCCCACUGGAUUGCUGAGAGCCGCAUUGCCAUUGAGCAGAUCCGUUUGUUGACCUUGAAAGCUGCCCACAGCAUUGACACGGUGGGCAGCGCUCGGGCUAAGAAAGAGAUUGCAAUGAUCAAAGUGGCUGCCCCCCGAGCUGUCUGCAGCAUCAUCGAUCGGGCCAUCCAGGUGUGUGGAGGCGCAGGCGUUUCCCAGGACUACCCUCUGGCUAACAUGUACGCGCUGGUCCGCACUUUGCGCUUGGCCGAUGGCCCGGAUGAAGUUCACCUGUCAGCCAUUGCAGGCAUGGAGCUGCAGGACCAAGCCAAAGGGCUGAGGGCCAAAAUGUAGGGGGGCAGAGGGGCACAGCACAUUCGGUGGGCAGCAACUCACCCGCCCACAGAUUAACCAACCCGUUUGUGAGUGAUGGCGCGCUUUGGGAGCAGCUUGAGAACCGGGAGAAUGACUCACAUCGGGGUGUUGUUGUGGCAUCUACUUGGAUCAACUAGUUGUAAAGGUUUAAGUUACAUUGGCAAUUACGUAACUGUUGUGACUCAGUCUAGUACUUCAGUGUAACAUUUAUUUUCUUCUGACUGUCCAGUUAUGAAGAGAUCAUGAAUUAACUUGGAAGAGUGGUGCCUAGGCAUAAAAAGACCUUCACUUUUUUACUUUCAGGAACUACUCCUUGCAAGCAAAUACUCAAACAAUAUUUAAUCACCACGGUAUGAAAAUGUAGCAGGUCCUCCCUUUUGACACCGGUUUGAGGCCUUGAUUGAACAUAGUGACUUGAGAAAGCUAAGUAUUCUAAUGGGUGGAUGUUUGCAACAGGGACGGAGCAUGACUGAUGGGCUUCUUCAGCGUUUAUAUCACUAAAAGCCUCUCUAGAAUUCAACAGCAAACAUUCAUGCAUAAAAUCACAACGUGGUGCAUAUAA